GGUCAUUCCAGAAGGAUUUUUACCUGACUGAACUCUGCUCAGUCCUGAUCGCUGUGAUUAUAGUGAAGAAAUGGAGGCAAUACUCAGUGUUCUCGGCUUGGAGUGGAUAGAUGGCACAAGUUUGUUAAUAUUUUUCUGUGUUUUUCUGCUGCUGGCUGAUGUUUGGAAGAACAGAGUGCCGAAAAACUUCCCUCCUGGACCGUGGGCUCUACCUUUCAUUGGUGAUCUUCAUCGCAUCCAACCUGCAAGACUUCACCUGCAGUUCACAGAGUUUGCAGAGAAAUAUGGAAACAUCUUCAGCCUUCGUCUCUUUGGUGGAAGGAUUGUGGUCUUAAAUGGCUACAAAUCUGUGAAAGAAGCCCUGGUCCAACGAGGAGAAGACUAUGUAGAUCGUCCGCCUGUGCCCUUGUUUGAAGAAUUCGCUGGGAAUGAAGCAAAAGGUAUUGUGAUGUCAAAUGGUAAUCUAUGGAAGCAGCAGAGGAGAUUUGCUCUUCAUACACUCAGAAACUUUGGUCUGGGCAAGAAGACUCUGGAGCUGUUUAUCCAGGAGGAGUGUCGAUAUCUCACAGAGGCUUUUGCAGAUCAGCAAGCAAAGCCUUUCAGUGCCCAGAAACUGGUUAACAAAGCUGUAUCCAACAUCAUCUGCUGUUUGGUGUUUGGGCAUCGAUUCGAGUACAAUGAUAAGAAUCUCCAGACUAUUCUCGACCACUUCAAUGAAUUACUGCUCUUACAGGGAGGUUUAUUCAUCCAGAUUUACAACAUGGUCCCCUGGCUGAUAAAAUGGCUGCCUGGACCUCAUCGGAGGAUAUUUGCUCUGCAGAAUAAAAUCAUGGACUUCACAAAAAUCAAGGUCAAAGAACACAGAGAAAACCUCGACCCCUCAUCACCAAGAGACUACAUCGACUCCUUCCUCAUAGAGAUGGGAGACAAGGAGGACAAAGAAGCUGGUUUUGAUGUCACCAAUUUGUGUUUUUGCACUGUGGACCUAUUUGGUGCUGGAACUGAAACUACUACCACUACUUUACACUGGGGGCUGCUGUACAUGAUCCACUAUCCUGACAUACAGAAGAGAGUCCAGGCUGAGAUAGAUGCUGUGAUUGGUUCAUCCAGACAGCCCUCCAUGACUGACAGAGAAAACAUGCCCUAUACUGAUGCAGUCAUCCAUGAAAUACAGAGAAUGGGCAACAUCCUCCCACUGAAUGUGGCCCGCAUGGCAAACAAGGACACCACACUGGAUAAGUACACAAUCCCAAAGGGCACCAUUUUAAUGGCUACACUGCACUCUGUCCUGCAUGAUGAGUCCAUGUGGGAAACUCCACACUCCUUCAACCCUCAGCACUUUCUGGACAAGGACAGUAAAUUUAGGAAGAGAGAGGCCUUCCUUCCUUUUUCUGCAGGAAAGCGGGUUUGUCUUGGUGAACCUCUGGCCAGGAUGGAGUUAUUCCUCUUUUUCACCUCCCUCCUUCAGAGGUUUUCGUUCUCAGCGCCUGCUGGAGAGAAACCCAGUCUGGAGUUCAUCCUGGGAGCUACUCACGCUCCCAAACCUUAUCGCCUCUGUGCCACACCACGAUAAACAACAACUCACAAUCAAACACUGUGUGCCACUACCUUUAUCUUGUUUUGCAUCAAGAAUAUGUGAUAAACAUUGCUGAACAAUUUUAUUCAACCACCUGUCAUAAAAACAAGAAAACACAAAUAUUUUACAAAUCUGUCAACAAAUUGUUUCAAACUAAAAAAUGUAUUGUUUAUUAUUAGGCAAAUAGCAACCUGGAACAAGUAAAUAGUUCUUAUUCACAUAUAUUAACCAAAAAUCUUAAUAUUUAGUAUGACCUCCUUUGUCCCUGAUAACAGCUUGCAUUCCUGCUGGCAUUAUUUUUAUGGACUUUUCAACAGUCUUUUUUGUUAUUGAGUUCCAAAUAGUUUCUAGCUCUUCCCAGAGACUUGCUUUAGACGAAACCUUUGUGUGAUGUGUUUUUGAAUUCAAUAAAUCCCAGAUCUGUUCAAUAGGAUUCAAGUUCUGAACUUUGACUUAGCCAGUCCAUCAGUCCCAGUACUCCUGAUUUUAACUGAUUUGCCGAUGCCGCUUCUACAAAUGGAACCUCUUAUCAUAAUGGAAUCUCCACUGUUUUUCAGUGUGGGUGCAAUGCAUCGAGCAUCAAAAAGUUCCCCUCGCUUUUUUGCGGACAUAAACACAACGCUGCUGACUGAAGGGUUGAAACGUGGACUCGUGUGUCCAGAGUAUCUUUUUCCAGUCAUCUCCAGUCCAGUGUUUGUCCUGUGCUAUUCUUCCCUUUGAGCUUUGUUCCUUCAGUUGUCUGCUUAAGGUCAUUCUGGAGACUUUCUCACAUUCUGAUCUGGAAGCAUUAAUCUCUGUCUGAAGAUCAGCAGUGGUCUUCCUUCUGUCUCUAGUACUUCAAAUCUUGAGAUUCUUGAAAUCUGCUUCGGUUAGCUUUUGUUUUCGGCCUCGUCCUCAGCGCAUUUUGUAAGUAUCAGUCUGCAGUUGAUUCCAAGGCAUACUUGACCAUACUAGAAGAACACUUUAUGUCUUUCUCUGUUUGUCUCAUCCAGCAUCAUGAAGUGCUUUAAUUCAGACUCCGUCUUUCUCAAUGAGUUCCCUACAUUUCACAGUUUCAAACAGGAGUGAGGAAUUUCAAACUGAAUUCACGUCUUUAGACCCAAAUUUGAGCCUCUGAGAAGUCCGAAAUUAAUUAAGAAAAAUAUGCAACCACUAAAAUUUUUUUGUCUGUUCAGGAAUGCAAGCAAAUAACUGUAAUCUGGCAUUUCAAUCAAAAAAUAAUAAUGUGCUUUACUAAUUUUCCUGCUUUUUUGUAAAGCUGUAAAAUGAAAAAAUCAUAGAUGACAACACUAAUUAUAUUUUAGCAUUAAAAUAUUUGGAUUAAGGAGCUUGCACACACUGGUGGAUUAACCAUUGAAGAAACAUACAAAAUAUUUAGGUAAUCGGCAAUACUGUUAAUUUUGGCCAGUGGUGGCAAACACCGUACUCUGGGUGGUGGACUGAUUCAAUUUGUUAAGCACUGUAUGUAUGUAUGUAUGUACGUAUGUAUGUAGUGUAAAUCUAACACAAUUUGAAAAGAUUUUCCACCAAUGGUCCUCUUUAAUAAACCAUUAUACUUUAUUAAAGUAA